UGUAGAUCUACACCUGGAGCCCUGCGUCAUGUGACACCAACUUGUCCAGCUCACACUUCCGUUACUGCGUGUGAGAAGAAGAAGAAGAAAAAGUUGAGGUGAAAUCUCGGAGAAAGUUUUUUUUUUUUCCUCCAACAUAUCUCCGAGUUUAUGAGUUUAUAAUCCAAAAAAUAUCGCGGAGCAAUGUCGACGAGCGCCUUGUACAACGACCAGGGAGGAGCGGAGACCGCGGUGGAAGCGGGUCAGGAGAGCACCCCGACCUCCUCCAGCUCCGGAGCCGCCUUCGGACUGUUCAGCAGCGACUUCAAGAAGAAUGAAGACCUUAAAGAGAUGUUGGAGAGCAACAAGGAGUCGCUCAAACUGGAGGCCAUGAAAAGGGUCGUUGGGCUGAUCGCCAAAGGGAAGAACUCGUCCGAGCUGUUUCCUGCCGUCGUGAAGAACGUCGCGAGCAAGAACAUCGAGCUUAAGAAGCUUGUGUAUGUGUACCUGGUGAGGUAUGCAGAGGAGCAGCAGGACCUGGCUUUGCUAUCCAUCAGCACCUUCCAGCGGGCCCUCAAGGACCCAAACCAGUUCAUUCGUGCCAGCGCACUGAGGGUUCUGUCCAGUAUCCGGGUUCCCAUAAUUGUCCCCAUCAUGAUGCUGGCCAUCAAGGAGGCGGCAGCCGACCUGUCCCCAUAUGUCAGGAAGACGUCGGCCCACGCUAUCCAGAAACUCUACAGCCUGGAUCCAGAGCAGAAAGAGCAGCUGAUCGAAGUGAUAGAGAAACUAUUGAAAGACAAAAGCACACUGGUGGCCGGCAGCGUGGUGAUGGCUUUCGAGGAAGUGUGCCCGGAUCGCAUUGACCUGAUCCACAAGAACUACAGAAAGCUGUGUAACCUGCUGGUGGACGUGGAGGAGUGGGGACAGGUGGUCAUCAUCUCCAUGCUGACCCGCUACGCCAGGACGCAGUUCACCAGUCCCUGGAAGGAGGGUGCCGUGUUUGAUGAGAACAACGACAAGACGUUCUAUGAGUCCGACUCGGAGGAGAGAAAAGAGCAGACGGAGGCCAAGCCCUACGUCAUGGAUCCAGAUCACAGGCUGCUGCUCAGGAACACCAAACCUCUGCUGCAGAGCAGGAACACUGCUGUGGUGAUGUGCGUCGCUCAGCUCUACUGGCAUCUGGCCCCAAAACACGAAGUCAACAUUGUCACCAAGUCACUGGUUCGACUACUAAGAAGCCACAGAGAGGUGCAGUACAUCGUGCUUCAGAAUAUCGCCACCAUGUCCAUCCAGAGGAAGGGGAUGUUCGAGCCCUUCAUGAAGAGCUUCUAUGUGAGAUCUACAGAUGCCACACACAUCAAAACACUGAAGUUGGAGAUCCUGACCAACCUCGCCAACGAAGCCAACAUCUCUACUAUUCUGAGAGAGUUUCAGACCUAUGUGAAGAGUCAGGACAAGGCAUUCGCGGCGGCCACCAUUCAGGCCAUCGGCAGGUGCGCCACCAACAUCUCUGAGGUGACGGACACUUGUCUGAACGGUCUGGUGCUGCUGCUUUCCAACAGAGACGAGACCGUGGUGGCAGAGAGCGUCGUGGUGAUCAAGAAGCUGCUUCAGACUCAGCCCACCCAGCACAGCGAGAUCAUCAAACACAUGGCCAAGCUCUUCGACAACAUCACUGUCCCCAUGGCACGAGCCAGCAUCCUCUGGCUGAUGGGGGAGUACUGCGAGAGGGUGCCAAAGAUCGCACCUGAUGUUCUCCGUAAGAUGGCAAAGACUUUCACCGCAGAGGAGGACAUUGUGAAGCUGCAGACUGUCAACCUGGCAGCCAAACUCUACCUGACCAACUCCAAGCAGACCAAGCUGCUGACCCAGUACAUCCUGAACCUCGGCAAAUACGACCAGAACUACGACAUCCGAGACCGAACGCGCUUCAUCAGACAGCUGAUAGUGCCCAGCGAGAAGAGCGGCGCCCUCAACAAGUACGCUCGACGCAUCCUCCUGGCGCCCAAACCGGCCCCGGUGCUCGAGUCCGCCUUCAAAGAUCGAGACCGUUUCCAGCUGGGCACUCUCUCCCACAGCCUCAAUAUCAAAGCCAGUGGAUACCAGGAGCUCUCAGACUGGCCGGCUGUUGCUCCCGACCAGUCUGUGAGGAACGUGGAGGUCAUUGAGCCGGUGAAGGAGUGGGUACCGCUGGUUGGGAAGACGAAGAAAUCCAAAUCUGAAGACAAGUUUUACUCGGACGACGAAGAGGAGAAAGAAGAGGACGGAUCUGAGAGCAGCGGCAGUGAAGACACGAGCAGCAGCAGCAGCGGCGGCAGCAGCAGCAGUGAAGAGUCGGGCAGUGAGAGUGAGGAGGAAAGCAGCAAAGAGUCUGAGAAGACCUCCAGCGAUUCUGGACAAAGUUCCAGCGGGUCUGAAAAGAGUUCCAGUGAAUCCGAAUCCGAACAAAAGAAGAAGAAGAAGAAGAAGACCAAGAAGGCGCCGCCGAAGAAAAACAAGCCGACUGCCGCUGACAGUGACUCGGAUGAAAACGGUAACGGACCCGUAGCCCAAGCCAGCAGCUCGUCACCCGAAAGCUCCUCCGGCUCAGAGACGGACUCCGAGGACGACUCGGAUUCAGACUCCCACACAGCACAGAAGAAGAAGAGUGAACCAAAGUCCAAACCCAAGGUGGAGGUGAAGUCCAAGAAGGAAGUCUCCUUACUGGAUUUAGACGACUUUUCUCCGGCACCCACAAACACCCCAAAGUCUUCGGUCGUGUCUCCGAGCCUGCUGUCCGACCUCGAGGGCCUUUCUCUCUCCAACAUCUCCUCCACCAUGCAGGUCACCACUCCAUCUUUCGGCCCCGUGAAAACCUACGAGCUGCUUCACCACAUGACAGGAAAAGGUCUAUCAGCCAAAUACCAUUUCCCCAGGCAGCCCUGUUUGUACCAGCCCAGUAUGGUGGCUGUGCAGGUCACGCUGACCAACGGUUCAGACCACAGCCUGGAGGAGAUCCAUAUAGGCGACCGAAACCCAGCCAGCCUCAACAUCCACUGCUUUAACACCAUCGAGCGUCUGGAGCCAGAGGCCUCGGUGACGGUUUCCAUGGGUAUUGACUUCAGCGACUCUACACAAGCAGCCAACUUCCAGUUGUGCACCAAGGAGGACCAGUUCAGUGUGUCCAUCCAGCCCGCUGUGGGAGAGCUGCUAAUGCCCAGCUCCAUGACAGAACAGGACUUCUGCAAGGAGCAAGGUAAACUCCUGGGCAUGAACGAGACCUCGGCAACCAUCACCAUGGCAACAGCAAACGCCUCAAGACAGGUCAUCAGCAAGCAGGUCCUGUCGGUCGCCAACGUAGGCGUGGUUACGUCCGGCCAGAACGACUUCCACAGGUUUGCCGGGCGGACGGUCAGCAGCUCGGCCGUGGUCCUGGUGUCGCUGGAGCAGAAGGAAGCGUCCGCCGCCCUCCUCACCAUCAACACAGAGAAAAGCGUCAUGGCGUCCAUGUUGCUCCGAGACCUCAAACAAGCUCUCGCCCAGGCGUAGUCCGCCACCUUCUCCUCCCUACUCCCUUUAGUAAAGGUAAAGGGGAGCAGCACUUCAUUAAAGAUUUCAUUUUAUCUCUGAGCUUUAGGACAAACUCGCGGUACUUUCAUCCAAAACCACAGAAACCGAAGAACCAGAACUUGAACUUUUGUUCUCACGGAGAACGAACUGGAAACUGGAAGAGCACUGGUGCAGUGUUUUCUUAUUUUUACGGUCUGUGGUUUGGAUUGUCCUGAAUCGCAGAGAUAACUCUGUGAAAGUCUUGAAUGGAGUGUUGAGCUCCUUUUUAAAACUCACCGACGGCGACAGAAGUGGUUUUAAAUCUUAAAAACAUCAGCAUCAUGUACAAACAUCUGUACGUACACUGGGAGAACGAUCCCUCCCCAACUUGCAGUGCCAACUGAGACCAAAGCAUCGACAUCCGACUGUAGCUCAGUGACAUCUGUGCCCGAGCCGAGCGUUUGCGUUGAUGGACUUUGUUCUUUUAGUGCCAAGAAACCCAAAAAAGAAAGAUCAGUCCACUGUCGUUACAUUAAAAAUCUUCGGAGGCCGUUGCGACACCAAACCGGCCUCUGAGCCCUGACGUAGUUUUACAUUCCGACCUUUACGCUGCCCCCGAAACACGUUUCUUAAAGUGCCUUCUACGUGACAUUAAUGUUAUUUAGAAAAAAACCCAAACAUGUUAGACUCAAAUCGACAAGUUCUUUUUAUCUGUAUCGCCUUUGCUGAACAAUAAAAAGUGAAUUUAUUGAAACACUAAA